AGCGGCUGCAGAUGGUGUGUGUGUAUGUGUGUGAGGGAGCGCGAGGGAGUGAAGACGGGGCUCGAGAUCAGGGAGUAGGAGAAACAGACCGACAGACAGACGGACCGAGAGACAGAUAGACAGACACACUGCUGCACUCGUGACGGGACCGGGUGAAGGAUGAGCGCGUGCUCUAACGCUUGUUUACCUCUUUUCCCCUCGUGCGUGAUAUUCAGUCGGUGCUGAUCGAGGUGAUGAGAGGCCGGAGUGAAGAAGAGCAGCGCGCGCGCCUCCUUUUAUCAUCCUCCUCCUCCUCCUCUUCUACCUCCGGCCGUCGCCCUUGAUGGAGCGCGAGCGCGCGGCCGAUGGAUCCGGCGGGGACGCGCAGCAGCCGCCGCCACCGCAGCCGGCCCCGCACCACAAGCGCAGGCCGAACCGCGCGCCCUCGCCUGCCAGACCCGCGCCCAAGGAAGCGCACUACCCGCGCGCGCCCAAGCCGCCACCUGCCAGCGCCACCGUGACCAGCGGGCUGCCCAAGUCUCCCAGGACUCUCGCUACUCAGCAGCCCCAGCGCGCGACUGCACCUCCUCGCGCGGCGGGUAAAAGCAGCGCGAGGGCGACAUCAGCAGCGGCGGCGGCGGCUGCUGCCAAAAAAGCCGCAAAGGUGCCACCAGCCGAGCGCAGAGUGCAGGCACCGGCACCGGCCCCCGCCACCAAGAGCAAGAGCGGCAGGAGAACGCCUCCCGCGCUGCCCCGCGCGCCCCCCUUCAACCUCGCCUCGCCGGUGCGCGUUCCCACCGCCAGCACCGGGGUGGCGCCCGCUGACAGCAGCUCGGACCUGUCGGACUGCGCCUCCGAGCCGCUCUCCGACGAGCAGAGACUCGCGCAGGCCGCCAGCAGCGACGCGGAGUCGGGCUCGUGCUCGGGCGGCUCCGCAGCCGGCACCGCCGAGGGGGCUCGAGCGCGCGUCCCCGCGCCGGCUUCCACCAACACACCAUCAUCAGCAGCAGCGGCAGCCGCAGCGCGAGCGCCGUCACCCGCACGAGGACAGAGCGGCCACAGCAAAGCAGACAAACAGGGCGCGAGCGAGGACGAGCUGCUGCGCGAGAUCGAGGAGCUGCGCUCUGAAAACGACUACCUCAAGGAUGAAGUGGACGAGCUGCGGGCUGAGAUGGAGGAGAUCAGGGACAGUUACCUGGAGGAGGAGGUGUACCAGCUGCAGGAGAUGCGCAGAGAGCUGGACCGCUCCAACAAAAACUGCCGCAUCCUCCAGUACCGUCUGCGGAAGGCCGAGCAGAAGAGCCUGCGUGUGGCGCAAACUGGCCACGUGGAUGGAGAACUGCUGCGCAACCUAGAGCAGGACCUCAAGGUGGCCAAAGAUGUGUCGGUACGUCUUCACAACGAGCUGGAGAGCGUGGAGGAUAAGCGCACGCGGGCGGAGGAUGAGAACGAGAUGCUCAGGCAGAAGAUCAUUGAAGUAGAGAUCUCCAAGCAGGCCCUGCACAACGAGAUGGAGAGAGCCAAAGAGAUGGCACUGAGGAGACGAGGGAGUAGGGAAACCUUCAAGGACAAGAAAGCUCUUUCUCAGGAGGACAGUGCAGACCUGCGCUGUCAGCUGCAGUUCGCUAAAGAAGAAUCAACCCUAAUGCGCAAGAAGAUGGCCAAACUGGGCCGAGAAAAGGAUGAGCUUGAGCAGGAACUCCAGAAGUACAAGUCUGUUUAUGGAGAUGUAGACAGCCCCUUGCCUCUAGCAGAGCUGACAGGUGGUGGGCCACACAGCACACGGGAGGCAGAGCUACGCCUGCGGCUCAGAUUGGUGGAAGAGGAGGCCAACAUUCUUGGGCGCAAGAUCGUAGAGCUAGAGGUGGAAAACCGUGGCCUGAGGGCUGAAAACGAGGACCUACGCUCUCAGUACGAACGCGACUGCUUCGGCCGAGAGCCGUUUUCCAGCGUGCCAACAUCUCCAUACGGUGCUGACGGGGCACUGGAAUCUGCCAGUGAGCUUCGGAGGCACUUGCAGUUCGUCGAAGAGGAGGCUGAACUUCUGCGGCGAUCUAUUUCCGAAAUUGAGGACCAUAACAGGCAGCUGACCACUGAGCUUAACCGCUUCAAGUUCGGGCCGGGACCAGGAGAUGGUGAGGCUGAAGACGGGGGUACCUCAGUUGUCUUGAAGCCUGGAAACGGGGGCUGUGGUGAUAUCCUUGGGGUGAGCAUCCCGUCGAGUGGUGCUGGGCCCCUGCAGGAGGAGUUAAAAGCUGCUCGGCUGCAAAUCGAUGAGUUGAGCGGGAAGGUGAUGAAGUUACAGUAUGAGAAUCGUGUGCUAAUCUCUAACGUACAGCGCUGUGACCUGGCUGCCCACUUGGGCUUGCGCUCUGGCAGUCCCAGGGACAGCGAUGCAGAGAGCAGGGACGCUGAGGAAGAGGAGGCAGGACGGCUACUGCUGCUCCACCCCAAACGGGAAGGUCCUGUGGGCGGUGAGAGUGACUCUGAGGACCCAUUCGAAAAGACAGGCACCUCAGGGUUUGGUAGUGGAGGAAAAGCAUCAGAUAUUGGUGACCUAGCGGGAGCGGCAGAAUUUGCACAGCGGAGGCGUGAGGAUCGGGAGAUGCUGCUGGGUAUUAAAAGGGAGGCAGAAAGGCUGGGGAAAACAGUGGAGCGGCUCAUCGUGGACACAAACAGUCUGCUGUCUGAAGGCCGUCUGGUUGUGACAGGAGCUAACUCUGUUGGGACUGUCGGGGACAGUUAUGAGUUCAGGGGUGAUGGAGACUCUGCCGAACCCAAACCCGACUCUCAGGUGCUGGAUGCCGUUAAUGCCCGCAUGCAGGCGUUCCGGGCAGAACUCCAUACCUUUGUGGAGAAAGUGGACCGCAUGGGUGAGGGUCUGAGAGAACGGACCGAUGACCUUUCACCCAUGCCAAACCUCACUGAGUCCAGCAGCUUCCUGUCCACCGUCACCUCCAUGUCUCGCGACUCACCCAUCGGAACUCUGGGACGGGACCUGGUGACGGACUUCCAGUCCGGUCGGAGGCAGGAGCUGGAGUGGUCCCUAGGCCGGCAGACAGGCCCGGAGGCCCCAGGGCCCGCCGCACCCAGGGGAGCCCCCGCACUCAGUAGAUACGCCAGACCCCACAGUAUCAGACCCGAGCUGCGGGAUCCAUGCCUGCCGGAUGUUGGAACUCCUGUCAGGGAGAUUCAGUUCUGCUUGGACCCGGAGAGAAGGCUGAGAGCCGGGCACGAGGAGAGAGAGAGCCUGCCAGGUUCCUUGACUCAGGAGGAGGACCGGAGGCGAUUAGAGGCACGGCGGGGCUUGGAGCUGCAAGGGCUUCAGUCGCACGAGCCGGCCUGGCCGCAGGAAAGAGCUCUGCUGCAGCAGGAAGUGCGGCUGUUUCGCCAGAACACCAUUAUCGUCUACAUGAAGCUGCGCUGGAUUCUCAUGCACUGGCGCCUCGGCCGCAGGACCGACGUGACCGAGGAAGGAGCUCACGGGGAGUACGAGCGGUUGGAGAGCGUUCCAGAAGUGGGGGUGGUGAUGGAACAUGGAGAGGGGGAGACAGAUCAGGGGGAUAAAGUGUGUCCCCAGCCCUCGUGGGGAGACGUCUCAGAACCUGGACCACACCUGCCCUCCCCAGAAAGAUUCCAGUAUCAGAAACAGGUGGGAGACAGCAGACGGGUGCUGCUCGCCCUCCGCUCGCUGCUGGAGGAGCUGAGGGCGGAACUGCGAGAGGAGGCCCAGCGGCGCUGUCAGCUACAGCAGACACUGGCCAGUGAGAGAGCAUCCUGGGAGAUACAGCGGGCCGAGAUGAGGAGCCACAUAGCACAGCUGGAAGACACGAGAGCUGGAGCUUCAGGGUCGGCGGAUGGGGCAGACUCAUCUCAGCAGGAGCAUGAGCGUGAGCGAGAGGAGCAGCAGAAGCUUCUGGCUGACAGCCACAGCCUGGCACUGGAGCUGCGCUGGAAGCUGCAUCACGGGGAGCUGCGCUGGAGCAGGGAGAGGACUGAACUGCUGGAGAGGUUCGAGAGGCAGCGGCAAGAGUGGGACCGCAGUGUUCGAGACCUGCGACGCAAAAUGGAAAAGAUGCAGCGGGAGCUGCCGUUCCGUCACUCAGAGGGAGUUCCUCUGGGAGAAACUGGAGUCCCGCACGUCUUUUCUCCUCAGGAAAGUCCAUGUAAAGCUCCCAGAUCUCCGCGCUCCCCCCGCGCAGCUCCUUGUGUACCAUCCCGCUCCCACUCAGACUCAGAGGCUAUUCUAGAGGAAGCAGGAGCAGCAAAGUUAUGGCCGAGUGAGGCUCACCGACCCCCACAGAGCCUGUUCCUGGAUGCUCUGUCCCUAGACCAGCCCAAUGAGGCUGAGGUACCUCCUCCUUCCAGACUGGAGAGUGAGAAGAGAUUCCCCUGCAUGAAUGAGGCACUGAAUGAGAUUUCAGAGAGGGCAGACCCUGCACUGUAUCCUGAGGAAGAACUGACCUGUGGCAGCCUCCUCAGGGCCAAAUCUGUCUGCUCCAUGAGUGACUUCCAGCGUUUGAUGGACAGUUCUCCCUUCCUGCCAGACAAGAGCAAGUCGGGGGAGCGUGGACGGGAUGAGACCACCCCGCCUCUCUCUCCGGACGAUCUUAAAUACAUUGAGGAGUUCAACAACAAAGGUUGGGACCUCCCCACUGCCUCUCUCGCCUCCUGCCCAAUCCCAGGUCCUGUCCUUCCUCCACAAGUGGUGGAGGCCUGGGCUGAAAGGGCAGACUCCCGCAAACCCCCGGACCCUACUUCAGAAGCCUUCCAGCCGGCCUCCUGGUUCUUGACCACCAGCGCCACCUUGACCACCAACACCAUGAGCAGCCCGGAGCACUGUCAGAGACUUCCUCUGAGGGGAGCAUCUGGAUCCGAUCACUUUGGGGUUCGCGUCCUGCACAGCCCUACUAAAGGAGAUAGGACAGCCAAGGCAGGGGAGGGGGAGGACGUUUUUGGGUGUCGGUGGCCUUGUGAGCUGAGGGGACACCAUCUGGAGACAGGUCUGGGUUAUGCGUCCCCGCUUGAGCUGGAACUUUCUCGUAACCUCAGUGACGACAUGAAGGAAGUGGCCUUCUCUGUCCGUAACGCAAUCCGCUCCGGUUCGGCCUCCGCCCAGCUGAGGGACGCAUCGUGCCAGACCAAUGGCUUCACCACACGAGGAACACAAACCACCCAGACCAUCAGUGUGGGUUUGCAGACAGAGGUUCUUCGUAACCUCACUAGCAGCCCGCACCGCUGCCUCACGCCCAAGGGUGGUGGAUCCACGCCGGUCUCCUCCCCCUCUCGCAGCCUCAGGAAGGUGCAGUAUUCACCCGCAGCACAGGCUAAGUUUGAGCGUCCCUGCUGCUCUCCCAAAUACGGUUCGCCCAAACUCCAGCGCAAACCCUCUACCACUGCCCCCCCAUCUAAACCUGAGGCACCCAGCGCUCCAUCCCGAGCCCCAACGCCUACAGUCGCCUCCCAGCCCACCAAGGGCAACAGCGAGUCCGCCUGGGCUCGAUCCACCACUACCCGAGACAGCCCCGUCCACACCACCAUAAACGACGGCCUCUCCAGCCUCUUCAACAUCAUCGACCACACGCCCGUCACCUACGACCCACAGCAGAAGUUCAACAAGUCCCCCAGCCGCUCUCGGCCUGUUGAAAGCGGGCAGACUUACGGGUCAACACAGGAGCUGGCGAGGGUAUCAUCCCGGGGCCGUUCACCCAGCCCUGUGCAGCUGAUCGUUGAAUCGCAGGACGAGAAGAACACAGACACUGUUAGCAUCAGACAGGACCUAUCAGCUCCGCCCGGCUACACGCUAACGGAGAACGCAGCACGGAUACUGAAUAAGAAACUAUUAGAGCAGGGCUUCAGGGACGACAAGAGACCACCCAGUUCGGGUGGGACUUCCCAGACCAGGACGGGAGACGCCGACAAACCUGGAUGCAUUGAGGACCUCCCGCGGUCUCCAGUGGCCCCACCCCUGGACUCCUGCUUCCUGCGCCCGGCCCGUCCAGCCAACCGGAGGCCCCCGUCCCGCUGGGCUCGCUCCCCUUCUUCUUCUCCCAAACACAAAGAACGCACAGUGAGGUUCCGCUUCCCCUCACCCACCAGACCCGCUCUGACCAUCCCAGAGAUGGAGGAGCCCAGUCAGGAACUACCUCAGCCCCCCGCCUGAGGACUUCCUGCACCAGCCAAGACCACUCUCUCUGUUCCUCUCCACUCUUUACUCUCCACUCUAUACUCUUUACUCUUCUCACACUCUCAAAACAGAUGCGUUAGUAUUGUAUUUCAGUUAAAGGAAUACUUCAGCGAUUUUGAACACCUGCAGGUUACUUUAAGUAUUGUGAGUUUUUUAAGUAUCGUGAUCCCAGGUCUUUACAACCAUCCAUGUCCAAGACAUCCAGAAAACGGAUGGGUAGGACUGGUCAUCUUUCUACCCAUCAGAAGUAGUAGCAUAAUUCUAGCCAAUGCAGGUGCCAAUUAAUGCAGUUUAGAUGACUACAAUAUAUAAUAUUGGUAUAAGUGUUCUUCUCCAAGCAUGUUGAGCCAUCCAUAUAUAUAUAUAUAUAUAUAUAUGUUGCAGUAGUUGCAGUACGAAAAUAGCGCAAUGCAGUGGUGCUUCACAAGACUUUAACUAGGCAAUGCUAGCCUUCAAACUCCCAUCCUGGUAGGAUUGAGUGAUGGUAGAAAGAGACCUAAAGUAGCUUGAGGUUAGGAAUUAGCAGUGAGCUAAAUAUUCUAACCUAUUGAUUUCUACAGUAUGUAACUUUUGAUCUAACACGUUUCUUUUUCUUUUUUUGGCUACAUGUUUGGUGGCCUUGGUUAAAAUGUGGAUUAUUAUAUUAUAUUUACAGAUAUUUUAAAUAUUUUCUAAUAUUUAUUUUGGCCUCCUGUCCACACAAAAAAACUCUCUUAAAACACAUGCAUGUUUCUAGAUAAAUCUGAAAUACCUUCUUACUCUAUAUUUAAUGGACUACAUAAGACUCGCUAGGUAGCACUAGAUUUUAGAUUUUAAAUAAAUAUAUGAAUACAUGUAAAUAUUGCUAUUCUAUUACAAAUAUAUAUAUGCUCUGUUUAGAUUUAAAAUUCGUAAUUUUAUGUCUUACGUAUAAUGCACGCUACCUAGGGAGUAGUGUGCAAUUUGAGAUCAAACCUUGAAUUAAAAAUAUAUUCAACAUGGAAAGUGGUAAAUCUCUAUUUUUACAUUUAUUUAGGAUUGUAAUCAAGCCUUUUUUUAUUUCUAUUGUUUACAGAUUAAAAAGUUUGGACAUGGUCAGUAUUUUAAAUGCUACACUAAAUGCUUCAGCACGCAUCACAACAUUUGUGUAGCAACUAAACUUAUUUAAAGUUCUUAUUUAAGGGGUUUUAGUUGUGAUGUUUGCUUUUAAAAUACGCCACAGUUUAAUUUACUUGAAUUACAUUAAAAUGUAAACCAUGUACAACAUUUGGAAAUUGUGCUUUUUUAAUUUUUUGAACUCCUUAUUUCUAAAAAAUGCAUUUGCUUAUUUCAUCCAGAAACCUCAAACAUUUUUCACACUCCUUUUU